AUGGUGCAAACUUCGUCAAGUCUGGUGGAGAUCGCUUUUCCAUCUUAUCAACCUGGCGGCUCGAGCGGUGUGACUGAGACUAGCGAUCCUCUUAGUGAUCCAGAUGCUUGCUUGAGAGAUGCAAUUCUUAUGCAGCGCCUGGGAGUCAACACUAUCAGAGUCUACAACUUGAUUGCCGAUGUCAACCACGACGAGUGUGCAUCCAUCUUCAACGCUGCUGGUAUCCACAUGAUCCUGGAUGUAAACAACGGCUUCUACGGGUCCUACAUUGACCGCGUCCAGCCUUGGACAACUUACACCAGCGAUUACCUAAACCACGUUUUCGGCAUCAUCGAGGCUUUCGCACCUUACCCCAAUCUUCUCGGAUUCUUCUCCGGUAACGAGAUCAUCAACGAACAGAGUGCUUACAAUGCACCCGCCUACAUUCGCGCUGUGACGCGCGACAUGAAGGACUACAUUGCCAAGAACAUCGACAGAGAGAUCCCUGUUGGCUACUCAGCUGCUGAUGUUGACGACGUCCUUAGCGACACUUGGGAGUACCUUGGCUGUGAGCUGUCAAACUCGACGUCUUCCAAGAUCGACUUCUUCGGCCUCAACGACUAUGAAUGGUGCGGUGAUAGCACCUACGAGCAAUCUGGAUACAGCAAGCUGGUUGAUCUAUUCGGCAACACCAGCAUUCCUGUCUUCUUCUCCGAGUACGGAUGCAACCUCGUCAAGCCCCGCACUUUUACCAACGUGCCUGUUCUUUACGGCGAGCAGAUGAGUGUCAUGUCCGGUGGUUUGGUCUACGAAUACUCCGAGGGCUCAAACGACUACGGUCUUGUCAACAUUACCAGCGCUGACGAGAUCCACCUCCGUGAAGACUACGGCUACUUGGCUACGCAGUACAGCAAGCUCGACGAGAGCCUCCUUAACUCUGCAAACAGCACUGCCACCGGUCGCAAGCCUCCUACAUGUGAUCCUGACCUCAUCACCGAGAGCUCUUUCUACAAUGCCUGGAACCUACCCGCUCGUCCCAGUGGCGUCGAUGCCAUGAUCAGUAGCGGUAUUUCGAGCGCAAACAAGGGAAAGACUGUUUCCGUCACCAAGACCGCCAUGCCCGCUACUGUCUACGAUUACAACGGUGAACAGCUCAACAACCUCGAGCUCACCGUUCUGUCUGAGCAAGACAGCAACCAACCUGGCCUUGCUGGCAACUACACUCCUUCAACCCCUACCGGAACCGCCUCAGCCACGGGCAGCAGCAGCACUGGCGGUAGCUCCAGCGCCACCCGCAGCAGCUCUGGAACUACCAGCAGUGGUGCCGCCUCGUCUAUGGUUGUCUCCUCGGGCGCUGCGACCUUCGGUGCUUUCCUUGCAUCUCUCUUCUUCCUGUAA